AUGGAGGAGACGAAGAAAUCGAAAAGGGGGAAGAAGGAUGAUGAUGGUUCUUUUGAAAAAACGGUGAAGGAAACAAAGCCUAAGAAAUCACCUAAGACGAAACCCAAAAAAAUUGUACAACAGGAUGUCUCUAUUGCUGUUACAGAAUCAGUUCAUUCUCCUACUGUUGAAGAAACCCAAGAAAAAGAAACAAUCCCUUCGAAGACUAGGGUUUUUCAUAGAUUUAAAAUGAAGUCUCGAAAAUCUUCACCGCAGGUUGUUCGUAAACCACAACAUACACAUCAAGGUGUAUUAUUUAGGGAAGUUCCAGCGCCUGUUUUUCCAUCAUCAAAGAAACGAAGGGCUGAAGAUGUGGCAAAACAAUUGACACAAAAGAAGAAGAAGAAAUCUAGAAAACUUAUCAUCGCAACUACUUCCAUAGAAGAUGAAGAAAGAAUUCCUAAAACUUCAGAAGAUGAUCUUGUCAAACAAGGUUCGAUUCCUGAAGACAUCAGUGUUAUUCCACCCGAAGUUUCGCAUGUCAAGUCAUCUCAUGAGGCGACACAAACUUCUGACAUCACUCUAGACGUAUCUAAUAUGGAUACAAAUGUUAAUAUGGGUGAAGAAGGUACGAAGACUGCUGCUCAAGGUACUCCUAAUGUCACUUCUGAUAUUCUUGUAUCUUUACCUUCCGUAACUUCUACAACUGAUUCACCCACAUUCCACAACAUAAUCAAUACCCAUUUCACUUCCAUCUUUUCUUUGCAAUCUACUGAUCCACCCAAACCUACUUCACCUGUUGAUGAUACAAUGAUGCUGGAAAAUGAAACUGAUAAUGAAGUACAAAAUUUUGAAUACGAAGUUGAAUGUUAUCAUUCAAUCUCAAGCUGA